AUGCAAUUCCAAUUCUUCACCGUUCUGACGGCCUUCACCUGUCUGGUAUCGGCAUGGGGUCCCCAUGGUCCUCGUCGAGGGGGUGGCAAAAAAUGUCUGAGCGAUGCAAAGGCAACAGAAAUCAUCAACACCUACGAGACGUUGAUCAGCCGUUCAGUUACAGGCGCCGAGUUCAAUUCCACUGCCGAUGCUAUCCUUGCCGAUGAUUUCUUCACCAUGAGCAACUCUAUUAAUGCCGAAGUUGGCAAGCCUCUUGAAGCCAUCUCUAUUCCAUCCAAAGCCGCCUUCAUUGCUGCAUUCCAUGCUGCGCCUCCAACUGCGGGAACACAGACUCUCGACUUGCUUCACACUUGCACCCAGAUGGUUUGGCGCUGGCUCGGAACCAGCUCGGAGGGACUACCAGUUCGCGGUCUCACGAUGAUGAAUAUCACCACUGAGGGACAGAUCUCCGCCACCUUCGUGGAAUAUUUCCGACCAGCACUCAUUGAGUGUGACGUCUAA